AGUCUCGAGCAGUGGCCCGGGUAGGUUUGAAUUCGUUUUGUUUUCAUCCAGUAAACAAAUGACCCUUCCUCAGCGUCACCUCCAGUGCUGUGUCAGGUACUACUGAUUUCUGUUGUUUGCUCUUGGCUCGGUAUGACUUGGAACAGCACCACUUCCUUCUCCGCAAGAAUAUUUUUGUCUGGAACCAUUGCCGGUUCAAGACGAGCCAACCCGGGAGCUGAGUUUCCUCGUCUUGCUGAGCUUGAACUGUGCAUAUCCACAAAGUUCCGUCCAGCGAGACUUGCAGGUGCCUUAGCUCUCUCUGCUUUUGUUUGUGAGGAAGGGGGUGGCCACAGAACCCAUGACGGACAGGCUCCAGAGCCUUACAAGUGCAUGCUUGGGAAUUCUGUCCAGACAGUGUUUUUGUAAGAGGACAAAGCUGCUUAGUCCCAGCCAUGAGGAAACCCAGUCACCUAGGGCAUGGAGCUGGAGAACUAUGAACAACCUGUGGUUCUGAGAGAGGACAACCUCCGCAGGCGCCGGAGGAUGAAGCCACGCAGCGCAGCAGGCAGCCUGUCUUCCAUGGAGCUCAUCCCCAUUGAGUUCGUACUGCCCACCAGCCAGCGCAUCAGCAAGACACCGGAAACGGCCCUGCUGCAUGUGGCUGGCCACGGCAAUGUGGAGCAGAUGAAAGCUCAGGUGUGGUUACGCGCACUGGAGACCAGUGUGGCUGCGGAAUUCUACCACCGAUUAGGUCCGGACCAAUUCCUCCUCCUCUACCAGAAGAAGGGACAGUGGUAUGAGAUCUACGAUAGGUACCAAGUGGUGCAGACCCUAGACUGCCUACGUUACUGGAAGAUGAUGCACAAGAGCCCCGGCCAGAUCCACGUGGUACAGCGACAUGUACCUUCUGAGGAGACCCUGGCUUUCCAGAAGCAGCUCACCUCCCUGAUUGGCUACGACGUCACUGACAUCAGCAACGUGCACGAUGAUGAGCUAGAAUUCACUCGCCGCCGUCUGGUUACGCCCCGCAUGGCUGAAGUGGCUGGCCGGGAUGCCAAACUCUAUGCCAUGCACCCUUGGGUGACCUCCAAACCUCUUCCAGACUACCUGUCAAAAAAAAUUGUCAACAAUUGCAUUUUCAUUGUCAUCCAUCGUGGUACCACCAGUCAAACCAUCAAGGUCUCCGCAGAUGAUACUCCUGACACCAUCCUUCAGAGCUUCUUCACCAAGAUGGCCAAGAAGAAGUCCCUAAUGAAUAUCCCAGAAAGUCAAAGUGAGCAGGAUUUUGUGCUGCGGGUCUGUGGCCGUGAUGAGUACCUAGUAGGUGAAACGCCCCUCAAAAAUUUCCAGUGGGUGAGGCAGUGCCUCAAGAACGGAGAGGAAAUACACCUGGUGCUCGACACGCCUCCAGACCCGGCCCUAGAUGAGGUGAGGAACGAAGAAUGGCCGCUGGUGGAUGACUGCACUGGAGUCACCGGCUACCAUGAGCAGCUGACCAUCCAUGGCAAGGACCACGAGAGCGUUUUCACAGUGUCUUUGUGGGACUGUGACCGAAAGUUCAGGGUCAAGAUCAGAGGCAUUGAUAUCCCUGUCUUGCCUCGGAACACCGACCUCACUGUUUUUGUGGAAGCAAAUAUCCAGCAUGGGCAACAAGUCCUCUGCCAAAGGAGAACCAGCCCUAAGCUCUUCACAGAAGAGGUGCUCUGGAAUGUGUGGCUGGAGUUUGGCAUUAAAAUCAAAGACUUGCCCAAAGGGGCCCUACUGAACCUACAGAUCUACUGCUGCAAAACCCCAUCACUGUCCAGUAAGGCUUCCGUAGAGACGCCAGGCUCCGAGUCCAAGGGCAAAGCCCAGCUCCUCUAUUACGUGAACUUGCUGUUGAUAGACCACCGCUUCCUCCUCCGCCAUGGGGGCUACGUGCUCCACAUGUGGCAGAUAUCUGGGAAGGCAGAGGAACAGGGCAGCUUCAAUGCCGACAAGCUCACCUCCGCAACCAAUCCUGACAAGGAGAACUCAAUGUCCAUUUCCAUCUUGCUGGACAACUACUGUCACCCCAUUGCUUUGCCUAAGCACCGGCCUACUCCGGACCCAGAAGGAGACAGAGUUCGAGCUGAAAUGCCCAAUCAGCUUCGAAAGCAAUUGGAGGCAAUCAUAGCCACAGAUCCACUUAACCCCCUCACAGCAGAGGACAAAGAAUUGCUCUGGCAUUUUAGAUAUGAAAGCCUGAAGCAUCCAAAGGCAUACCCUAAACUAUUCAGCUCAGUAAAGUGGGGACAGCAAGAAAUUGUUGCCAAAACAUACCAGCUAUUAGCCAGAAGGGAGAUCUGGGAUCAAAGUGCUUUGGAUGUUGGCUUAACCAUGCAACUCCUGGACUGCAACUUUUCAGAUGAAAACGUAAGGGCCAUUGCAGUUCAGAAACUGGAGAGCUUGGAGGACGAUGACGUUUUACAUUACCUUCUCCAGCUGGUGCAGGCUGUGAAAUUUGAACCAUACCAUGACAGUGCGCUGGCCAGAUUCUUGCUGAAGCGUGGCUUGAGAAACAAGAGAAUUGGUCACUUCUUAUUCUGGUUCUUGCGAAGUGAGAUAGCCCAGUCCAGACACUAUCAGCAGAGGUUCGCUGUGAUCCUGGAAGCGUACCUGCGCGGCUGUGGCAAGGCCAUGCUACAGGACUUCACGCAGCAGGUCCACGUGAUUGAGAUGUUACAGAAAGUCACCAUUGAUAUCAAAUCACUCUCGGCUGAGAAGUAUGAUGUCAGUUCCCAAGUUAUUUCACAGCUUAAGCAAAAGCUUGAAAGCCUGCAGAAUUCCAGUCUUCCUGAGAGCUUUAGAGUUCCCUAUGAUCCUGGACUGAAAGCAGGUACCCUGGUGAUUGAGAAGUGUAAAGUGAUGGCCUCCAAGAAGAAGCCCCUGUGGCUUGAGUUUAAACGUGCCGAUCCUACAGUCCUAUCCAAUGAAACCAUUGGGAUCAUCUUUAAACAUGGCGACGAUCUACGCCAAGACAUGUUGAUCUUACAGAUUCUACGCAUCAUGGAGUCCAUUUGGGAGGCUGAAUCUCUGGACCUGUGCCUUCUGCCUUACGGUUGCAUCUCAACUGGUGACAAAAUAGGGAUGAUAGAGAUUGUGAAGGACGCCACGACGAUUGCUCAAAUUCAGCAGAGCACGGUGGGUAACACGGGGGCAUUCAAAGAUGAAGUCCUGAAUCACUGGCUCAAGGAAAAAUGCCCUAUUGAAGAAAAGUUUCAGGCAGCAGUGGAAAGGUUCGUUUACUCCUGUGCAGGCUACUGUGUGGCCACAUUUGUUCUUGGGAUAGGUGACAGGCACAACGACAACAUCAUGAUCUCAGAGACAGGAAACCUAUUUCACAUAGACUUUGGACACAUUCUUGGCAAUUACAAGAGUUUCCUGGGCAUCAAUAAAGAGAGAGUACCUUUUGUCCUAACCCCGGACUUCUUGUUUGUGAUGGGAACUUCGGGCAAAAAGACAAGUCCACACUUCCAGAAAUUCCAGGAUGUCUGCGUUAGGGCUUACCUAGCUCUUCGCCACCACACAAACCUGCUGAUCAUCCUGUUCUCCAUGAUGCUGAUGACAGGAAUGCCGCAGCUGACAAGCAAAGAGGACAUUGAAUACAUCCGGGAUGCCCUCAUGGUGGGGAGAAGCGAGGAGGACGCCAAGAAGUAUUUCCUUGAUCAGAUUGAAGUCUGCAGGGACAAAGGAUGGACUGUGCAGUUUAACUGGUUCCUCCAUCUUGUUCUUGGCAUCAAGCAAGGAGAGAAACACUCCGCUUGAUAUUUGGUGCUAGAGCCCAAAGCAAUUUAGUGUUCUAAAGCUUUCAAACCAGCAUGUCAGUCAUCAGGGUUACAUUUAGAAUGCAAUAGGACUCUCUGAACACUGCACUUCAGAAAUACAGCUCUUUCCCCAGCUGAACUCUUCACGAGAGGAAAACAUGUUGGCAUUACUGAUGGCUUGGUUAAUUAAUAUUCAGUGUAAGGUUUCUCUGCUGCUCCCCCCCCCCCCGCCUCAGUCUCCAUGAUGCUGAACAAUAUUCGAACUUUAAAUGGCUUGGUAUGCCUGAUGAUCUUGUAUUGAAUAACUCUGAAAAUCCUUUAGUUACAAUAAUUGGCAAUAGCUGUUGUCACAUGUGUUCACCAUGUCUUUUGGUUGUGUUCUUCGAGCUCUUGGCAGAAAAGGGUACAAGCAUUGCUAAGCUCUGCUGCAUUCUUCACAGGAUGUUUCCGAGCAUCCCCUCCGUGCCCAAACAUGUCGGUGAUGUGCUAGAAGCAAAGAGUGCAAGUUAGCUUUUAGAGUACCAGAAUACCGUCAGCAGUUUGUCUCCUAGUGUGCCACUGAGAUGGAGACACGGAACACAGACUCUGAGCCUGAACCUUGACCCUCCCCAGCUGCUGUAACUCAAGGGUUAUGGAUAUGAAAAGUGGAGGUAAGGCCUUUGACCAAGAGUGAAUAACCUAACACGGCCACCGUCUCCUGCACAGACACAGGAGGUCACUAACUGGACCCUUGGAUGCCUACAAAUGACAUCUUUCCCUCUUGCUCUCCCCUCCCCCGCCUUCCCCUGCCUCACCACCUUGCCUCACCUGGACUUGUGGAACCUUCAAAGACAGCUGAAAAUGACUCGAAAAAGAAAGUCCACUGUAGGCUCAUGAGAUACUUAUUUGUGGAGCUGCUUCCUGGAUUUUUAAAAAGUAUAUUAUUAAAAGAAGAGUUCCAGACAAUAUUAGUUUCUAAAUGCUUUAAUUUCACUUUUUAAAUCUAAAAUUUUUCUUUAUUUGUUAAUAGAGGAUACCUGCUAUCAAAUGUAUUCUAUGCUUAUAACAAUACCAUUUACAUAUUCAUUUUUUAGCUUACAGGGCUUUUAAAUUUUGAGGUACCCCAGAGUUCAUAAAGAUAAUUGAACCAAUUUUCCUUUGAAGUAUUUUUUCAUUUCUUAAAUAUUAUCAAUGUUGAUCCACCUUCGAGAGAGAUCAGUAAAUUAUUUAAUCAAACAUCUUUAGCUAUCAUUAAUUUGAUAAAAAGAACUAUGUCAAAGAUGUCCAUAUUUAGAUAUAAUCAGGUAUAACUCUUUCUGACAAUUUUUAAAUGGUCAAAAUAGACGCUUUAAUUAGAUGGCGCCCAACCUUCCCUUUGUGUCUACAGAAGCCAAGUAGCACCUAAUUCUGCUGCAAAUAAGAACCAUCAGGGACAGUUUUAACACACCCUUGCAUUUUAAAAUCACCCCACUUUCAGAUUAUAAUUUCAUUUAGUGUGAAAUGAGCCUGGGAAGUUUUCAAAGUACUCGGCUAAAUCUCUUAUCCAUGCAGGGGAAGGAGCCUUAUUUGGUCCGGGAUGGUACAGGUAGUCCUUCCCCCCUGCUCACAAGACCGUCCCUAGCUCAUAGCUAUCUACAAAAAAACUCCUCAUCCCUGGCAAGUAACCAUUCUAAAAUCAUGCUGUCUCCUGUACAGGCCCUGCCCUGUGCUGAAAUUGUGUUUCUCUCUAUGAGUGUAAGUUAGGUACUUCAUGGCAUUUCUGGAACGUAACUCCUACUGAUCUAAGAACAGGAAGAGUAAUGACUUCUAACUCCAAAAGGGUAGCAUGCUUAAGCCUGUAAAGAACCAUACACAGACUUUGCCUUUCAUCUGAAUUGCUGGAAUGAUGAUCUGGAUGAUAAAACAAUUACGGAGUAGAUCUAUAUUUAGCUUCCGACACCACAUGCAUACAUAUUAGCUCUUUAAAUGAGCCAGCCUUUCCUUAAAGCUGAACUACAUGACGACACAUACUGAGUUUCAUUCUUCCAUUUUCAAGAUAAUGUACUUUCAACUCCAUAGACCAGCAUAUCAACAAAAAUCACCUGCACACAUGCUUGCUACCUCGCCGUUCCUGUGAAUGAUACAUUCCGGUGAUCUCUAUACCUUUGAAAAUGUUCUAGACCUAGGGUCCUCCUGCCACUGGGUAAAUACCAGUAUCUCUACCUUCAGUGCUGAGUGAAGAAAACACACAUCACAGGUCAGAUGGGUCAGGUCAAAGCAAUUUAUGUGUAUCUAAGACUGCCCCCCCCAAAAAAAGACACAAAGUAUCCAUUGUAGACUUGGUCCAAUAUGACCCUACUGGUUUGGUGAUGCUCUGAAAAAUGCAGAAAGAUAUAAUGAGUAAAACAUAUCAACUAGGAAAAAAGCUCUUGAUAUCAAGUACAUCUUUUUCAGGAGAUGGUUUGUUUUAUUUUUAUUAGUUCUUUGAGAAUUGUGUACAAAGUUUUGACCACAUGCACCCAUAUGCAGCCACUCACCCAACUUCUCCUAGACUCCCACCCCCUUCCUUACCCACCCAAUUGUGUCCUCUCCCUUUUUUUUCUUUUCAUUCAUCAAUGGCAACACUCUAAGAGAAUACUUCUUCUCCCAGCAACUGUCAGUUGCCAAUAGUUCUUGGCUGGGGUGGGAUUUCGUAUCCACCUGUCCUCUCCCUGCUGGGACUUGAUGUGGCUUCAGCUUUCAUGGGACUUGUCAUAACUGCUACGAGUUCAUAUGUGCAGCUUCUCUGCUGUGUCCGGAGGAUUCUGAUUCCUUGCCUCCAUUCACCACCUCUGUCUCCCGGUCUCUCAGGUCCCUCCCUCUUCCAAUGAUCACUGAGGCUUGGAAGGAGAGGGAGAAGAUUAGAGGCUCCACUUAAGGCUGAGUAUUCCGUAGGCUCUUAUUCUGCACCAUGGCUAGUCAUGAGUCUCUGUGGUGAUCGUCUACUGCGAAUAGACACUACUCUGAUAUAGGCCGAGAGAUGUACCAAUCUAUAGGUAAAACAGUAAGUCGUUAAGGAUCAGUAUGGGCAUUCUAUAGCAUGAUUUGGAAGCUGUUAGUCCUAUAUUCAUGAUAACUGAUUAUAAUGUUAAAUAAAAAAUUAGAAAAUACAUUUCUGAAAUCAUUGGCAAUUAUGUUUAACAAUAUGAAGAAAAUAAAAUAAGCUGGGAUUUCUUAAAG